AGAUUCCCGCCACUGUAUUGACACGUCACGAAGGUCAGGAUUGAGCUGAUGGAAAGAUGGCGAGCACCUACAACUCCUUCAACCUACACACGACAGCAGAGAAGUUCUACAUCGAGGCCUGUGACGAUGGAGUUGGAGACGUUCUCGCCAUCGACCGCGUGUCCACUGAAAUGACCCUGACUGUGAGGAAGGACGUUCCUCCUUCUGCUGUGACGCGACCAAUAUGUGGCAUCAUGGGAACCAUCCGGCUGGUGGCAGGCGUUUACCUCAUCGUCAUCACCAAGAAGAAGAAAGUGGGCGAUCUGCUGGGUCACGCCGUCUGGAAAGCGUCCGACUUCGACAUCAUUUCAUACAAGAAGACGGUUCUGCAUCUGACAGACAAUCAGAUGCAAGACAACAAAGUGUUCCUGUCCAUGCUGAACAGUGUGCUAAACACUGACGGUUUCUACUUCGCCACAGAUUACGACCUGACACACACAUUACAGCGGCUGUCCAACACCAGCCCAGAGUUUCAGGAGAUGACCUUACUAGAGCGGGCGGAUCAGAGGUUUGUGUGGAACGGUCACCUGCUCCGAGAGUUCAUGGCACAGCCAGAGCUUCACAGAUUCGUCUUUCCUGUUAUUCACGGCUUCAUUGCUAUGAAGUCCUGCUGCAUCAACGGUAAAAUCUUCGACUGGAACCUGAUUUCCCGCAGGAGCUGUUUCCGUGCUGGUGUCCGCUAUUACGUCAGAGGUAUCGACUCAGAGGGUCACGCGGCCAACUUUGUGGAGACCGAACAGAUUAUUCAGUAUAAUGGAGCAAAAGCUUCAUUCAUUCAGACUCGAGGCUCCAUCCCGUUCUACUGGUCUCAGAGACCAAACCUCAAAUACAAACCAAAACCGCAGAUCAGCAAAAGCAUCAAUCAUUUGGACGGUUUCCAGAGACACUUUGACUCUCAGAUCAUCACAUAUGGCAAACAAGUGAUUCUCAAUCUGGUAAAUCAGAAAGGCUCGGAGAAGCCGCUGGAACAGGCCUUUGCAAAGAUGGUGGGCAGUCUGGGAAACGGCAUGAUCAAGUACAUCGCGUUUGACUUCCACAAGGAGUGCAGUCGUAUGCGCUGGCAUCGCCUCCAGAUCCUGGUCGACACAGUGGCGGAAAUGCAGGAUGAUUUCGGCUACUUCCUGGUGGAUUCCGACGGUUCUGUUCAGAUGCAGCAGGACGGGACGUUCAGGAGUAACUGUAUGGACUGUCUGGACCGAACUAACGUCAUCCAGAGUCUGCUGGCCCGCCGCUCGCUGCAAUCUCAGCUGGAGAGGAUGGCAGUGCUACAUGUGGGCCAGAGAAUUGAAGAACAGGCAGAUUUUGAAAAAAUAUACAAAAAUGCAUGGGCUGAUAAUGCCAACGCCUGUGCCAAACAGUACGCCGGCACAGGAGCCCUGAAGACUGACUUCACACGCACAGGGAAGAGGACGCAGUGGGGUUUACUGAUGGAUGGCUGGAACUCCAUGAUCCGAUACUACAAGAACAACUUCUCUGACGGCUUCAGACAGGACUCUAUUGACCUGUUUCUGGGGAAUUAUGCCGUGGAAGAAGCGGAGAUGAACACUCCUCUACACGAGCCCAAAGACUGGAAGUUCCUCACGCUGCCGAUCAUCAUGGUUGUUGCCUUCUCAAUGUGCAUCAUAUGUCUCCUAAUGGCUGGGGACACGUGGACGGAGACUCUAGCGUAUGUGCUGUUCUGGGGCUCCGCCAGCGUGGUGACCGGCGGCGUGAUCCUCUUCAACGGACGGGACUUUGUGGACGCCCCGCGGCUGGUGCAGAAAGAGAAGAUGGACUGAACCUGCGUGUGUGGGAAGCAGUCGGGCCCCGCGGAGCCUUCAUCCUCAUCCUCACCCUGGAGCCUGUACUGAUGACGAUGAUGAUGAUGAGGGCCUGGGGCCGAACACACGGGGUCACGCUGCUCUCCACACCAGCAUCAAGCCACGCCCACUUUCCCAUGAUUCCAUCUGCCGGUCGCACCGCUGGACGCUCAGGCCGACCGUGAGGCCCUCGGCCCCGUCCUCAUGGUGCAACCAGAUCCGCCAUUUUGGCUCAAGCGCUGGCUGAUGAUGACGUGUUUGUCUUGUUUUCUAAUAAAAGCUGAGUUACAGUAAGGCAACAGUUUGCAUUAACACCUUCAGUUAACGUUAAUAAUACGCUUGUUUAGACAUCUAAGUGGAUUAAACUUAAAACAAUUAAGUUGUCCGCACAAUAACAGCACACUUUAUUUAUUUGAGUGUGUGGGAUGUUUUUAUCCACUCUGGGCUGAUUUUGAGUCCUAAUUUGGCCACAAUUUUCCCUAUUUCCACAAAUGGGAUGAUUUUUGCUGACAGAUCUGAUCUUGACACGUGCUUUGGGAAAAUGUUUUGCACAAUGCACUGAGCAAGCUGAAAUUGACUCCCCUUUGGUUAUGUUGGGGGCUGUUUUUGCCCCAUUGACUUCCAUUUUAAUCACAUUUUUUGAUAGCAAAGCCAUGACAGUAUAUACAGUAUUUACAGUAAGGCAAUGCAUUAACCAACGCCAUCAAUAAUAGACCAAAGAUUAUGUUUUUCAUUCAUUAUCAUUAAUCAUUUUUUUCAAAAGAAAUACAUGAUUGUAAGUGAAUUAAUAACUGUGCUUUUGCUUUUUGCAUAUUAAUGUUUUAUAUAUAUAUAUAUAUAUAUAUAUAUAUGAAGAGUUCAGAUACAAAACCCUCUAAUCCUCUGUUCUUGUAAAUGAGCGUUUUUCUAUCAGGCUCCUAUAAUUAGGUUCAGAAGUUUCAUUUUAUAUGUAUUAAUAAGAUUAUUAGCUAAUAAAUAAAAUAGCUUCUUUUCAUAAAUGUCACUUUAGACAGUUCUCUGUUGUUUAACAAGCUAGAUUUUCUUUUGCGUCAAAACCAGCUAAAUCCACUUGUGCUUUUUAUGCAAAACCCUCUAAAUCCACCUGUUAGAACAAGACAGUGUGAUUAGCUGAAAAUGAAGAUGCGAUUAGAAAUGAUUUUACUAAACAUAAAGCACAUUACACAAACCACCUUUAAAAUGUGUAAAUCUGUCAAGUAAGUGUCGGUUCAUUCUGCUGUGAUAAACCAGGGAAAAAGCAGAAGGAAAAUG